AUGUAUUCAUCACCGUUUACCAAUAACCUACAUCAAAACGCACCGUCCCAAUUUAAAGAAAAUGCCAGAAAUGCCAUCUACAACCAGAUACCAACCAAUGUUCAAAACGAGCAACAGCUACAGCAGAAACACCAGUACUAUAACGCACAACCAUCGAAUCUUUCCAUCAAAUCGGCACCUACCCAGCCGUUGAAGAGUUCGUAUAAACUGCUUCUGCGCCGUUCAACGUCUUCGUCUUCGUCCAUAUUUUCAUCCUUUACAAAUGGGAAACGAUCGAUACGAUCAGCCCCUUCGAUAUAUUCAAGCUCAACAGGAACAAUCCCAGAAGAUCUGGAGCCUAUAACGGCAACCGUGGAUCAACUACUUAACGAUAUAGCAUUGCAUGAAGAACACUUUCGUAAUCAAUAUGAGGAAACAAAGCUGCAACAGCGGUCCAAGUACAACAACUCGUCUUCAUCUUUGUCUGCAACAUCAAUGGCAGCAACGUCAUCAAGAUCAUCAGCAUCAUCAGAGUGGUCAUCACCACUACCACACCAGGAUUCCGAUGCCGAGGAACUAUACAAGAUUUCACUUGGCUCAAACCUCACUUAUCAAAACAACCAAGAAGAGUCGUUUCUUAUAGACUGGAACUUGAACGUGACCAGAUGCAAACUCAUUCUCAUUAACCUACCUAUGAUCUCAUCAGUGACAAAUCAGCCAUAUAAUCAGAAUUUCCCGCCCCAUUUGAUUGGAGACUUGGCUCAGCUAUGUCAUCUUAUAAUCGUGCCACCGCAUAUCACAGAUAAGGAGUUGAUAUUCACCCUUAUCCAAUCAAACAUAUACCAAGAACACAAUUUAGAUUUGCCUUUCCGCAAGCUGGUUGCCGAGAUAUCAGUAAAGCAAAGCCGACUACUCCAAGUUAACUCCAUGAGACAAGAACGCAAUGGGGGAGACGUAAAUUAUCAACAUCAUGAGCAGUUUCUUAAAUUCAAGUAUAAGGAAAUUGCCGUGAGAAACUACUUGAUCAAUUUAGCAGCCGCGGCAACCACGGCUCAUGAGUAUAAAUUGAGAGUCGAUGAGAUCAAAAAGAGUUUGAAAAAUGCCGCUGAUCCAACUACAGGCGCUGCCGUUGCCAAGAGGAAGAUGAAUAAGGAUGACAAGAAGGUGCUUUGGGAUCAAGUGCGUCUGAAUGUUUUCAAACGAGCGGGACUAGAGGAGUGA